AUGAUUGAUAGUGACACAUGGGUCCUGAAAGGAGCAUCCAAAAACAAACUUGACACAUUCGAAAGGUUACUUACGAUGGAAUAUAUUAAUGGUUUGUUAAAAAGUUUUGAAGCUGAAGUUCCCGCUCAUCUCAAAUCACUUCUUAUAUACAACGGAUUUGAUAAUUUAUAUUCCCUUUCACAGUUUAAUAUUGAUGAAGACAUUGAGAGAAUGGAGUGUUAUGCAAGGGACGUCCUUUCAAAGGUAUUGAAAGGAGAAGAAAAAAAAGCAAUGUUUGGAAUUGUCAGCGAAGAAUGCUCUCUAUUUAAAAUUCCGGAAGGCCAUAAAAAGCUUUUGCGCUUUGUAAAGGAAGAAUCAGAAAAAAAAAUUAAACUGCUAAAACGUCCACUUCUUUGUGAAAGGUCUGAAGGCUGUCCAGCUGAAAAAACUUUCCCCAAAAAGAGAAGAACAGUGACAAAUAAAAGUACAUCUCGAUCUGAGAGUGGUAAUGAAGGCGAUGGUUUUUGUACUCCAAAUGAUGGUUGUGUUUCUCAAGAUGAAGAGCAAGUUAAUUAUGCGAUGCAGCAUGUUUUAAAUAUUAGUCGAAGCUAUAUCGAUAAAUUUUCACGAAAUGAAUUCGACAAAGGCAAAAUUAGUGAAGAACGAUUACAAGAUGUUUUAAAUAAUUCCAAAAACCUUAAAGUCAAAAUGGAUGGUGAAUUUACUGCAAAAAUAUCUUGCCCUUUAUGUACAUUUAUUUCUUCAGCCUAUUCAGUGAAGAACUCCAAAACCGGAAGAAAAUGGGUGAUUUCAAACUUCCUGAGACAUUAUAAAAUACAUUUUAAAGAUGAUGGAACCAACUUAACUAAAAAAUUACCGAUUAAACCGCAGAAACCCGAAAUUCAGACCACUAUACUUAACUUUAUAAAAAAAGAUGCUAAUAAAAAAUGUGACUUAAACCAAGAUUUUGAAGAUCCAAGAGGAAAUCUCUUUGACCUAACCGAUCCCAAUACAGAUUUAAAUUAUGGAGCUUCGACAUCAUCUGGAUUGCACUUGGAAUUGACUACUGAAUUGAGUCAAAAUGAUUCGUUCAUUGACCAAAAUUACGAAAUUCAUGAUGAGGCACAGCAAAAUAAUCCUAAUGGGGUUUUUUUACACUAUAACACAGACCUCGACACAGACUCUCCAACAGAUAAUGAAUCGUCGAGUCAACUAAGAACAAUUGUUGUUAAUGAUUUUUCUACUGAGGAACAUCAAGGAGCCAGCCAAGUUGUAAAUGAUAUCCCAGUAUCUGAAUUAGAGUAUAAUCCAGACAAUUCAUCUCCAUUGGAAGAUUUUUUCUUUCUUGACAAUGUAGCGGAAAUCAAUCAAAGCAAUAAUGGUUCUGAAAAAGUAAAGUCUCCCAAAGCUAAAUCUUUAUUUGAUGAUAGCAAUUCCAGAAGAGAAAGAAGCUUGCGCAUAUUAAAUGAGUUACCAUAUCAUCAAACACAAAUAACAACUUUUCUAAAUACCAUAAAUCAUGCCAUAGACACUAACCCAGAAGUUACAAACACCCUAAGUAUCCUUACCGAAAAUCAAGGCAUUAAUAAAUUUAAUUAUGGCACCAAAGGCCUACUUAAAUAUCUAUUAGACUCAGCAAUAAGAAACUCUAAAAAUAAAUCAGGACACACAAAUAAAUUUGAUGAUGGAAUGAAACGAUUCUGGCUUUAUAUAUUCAUUAGCGCAGGAAGGAUGAGUUAUGAAAUAUUGCACUCAAAUUUAAAAAAUAUACUGCCUUCUGUCACAACUAUUCACAGACAACUAGAAGAAAUGAAUAAUAUAUUAGAGGGUGAAGUGAGAAUUGAAGACUUAAAACUUUAUUUACAAAAGAGAAAUUAUCCACCCAUAAUUUUUAUAUCCGAAGAUCAAACUGCACUCAUCAAAAAAGUCCAAUAUGAUUCAGCUUCAAAUCAAAUGGUUGGCUUUGUAGCACCUUUACAGGAACAGACGAGAUUUCCUCGCAUUAACAAAUUCCCAGUUGAUUCAGUUAGCGACAUUGAAAAUGCUUUUAAGAAUAAAACAUUAGCAAUAAAUGCAUAUAUUUUUAUGGCUCAGCCAUUAGUAGAUGGAUCACCCGCAUUUUGUAUAUCAAUAUUUGGCAGUGAUAAUAGAUUUACCUCAGAAGAUGUUUAUAAACGAUGGCAAUAUCUCAUAAAGGAAGCAGGAAAACAUGGAAUUACAAUUUUGGGCUUUUCAAGCGAUGGUGACACUCGGUGCUUAAAAAGUAUGAAAAUUAUAUCGAAAUUGUCAUUUACUUCAUUGAACCCUUACUCUCCCUAUUUUCAGGCGAAUUACAAUUUAGAAAAUCCAGCAGUUUUUCAAGACACUAUACAUAUAUCAACGAAGCUUAAGACUCGUUUAUUAAAUGAAAAUAUUUCUAUGAAUAUGGGAGGAAAACGAGUAUCUAUUGACAAUAUCCGGUACAUAAUUGAAAACUAUCCUAGAGAUAAACACUUAUUAUGCAAGAGCUUCCUUGAAUCUUCCGACAAAAUGAACUUCAAUGCAAUAGACAAGUUAAGUUCUGAACAUGUCACAAAUAUGCUUAAGGAAGUUCCCAACGCCGAAGCUACAAGGCAAUAUUUAAUACUGACUCGCAACAUAUUGGAUGCAUUCUUGUUAAAAGAAAUUAGUGUUGAAAGACGAGUAUACCUAAUUUGGUAUUCAACUUUUUUCAUGCGUAUUUGGAAAGCCUGGCUAAAAAAAAAUGGUGAAAAUAUCCAAAAGAAUUUUAUCACCACAAAUGCCUAUACAUGCAUAGAAAUAAACGCUCAUGGAAUUAUUUUAGUCAUUGAAAAACUUCGGCAAAAUGGAAUUUCAGAAGCUUUUCUUCCAUGGCUGUAUAGCAGUCAGCCAUGUGAAAAAGUAUUUAGAGAAACUCGGUCCAUGAGUAGCACAUUUUCAACUAUGAUAAAUUAUACACUGCUGGAUGUUUUAAGAAGAUUAAAACGUAUACAAGCUAUGCAUGAGAUAAGCACAGACUUAGGUCCCAAUUUUAGAUUCCCCAGGCAAGAAAACAAACGACUUGGAAAUAAUUCAAGUGUCUUUAAAGUAACUGAGUUUCCAUCAACUGAUGAAAUGAUUAACAUAAUUAAAAAGGCCCAAGAAGACGCACUAUCUGACGCUAAAAAAAUUGGGAUGGAAAUGAACAGGGAUUGUUGUAUAGAAAUUAAUUUACCGACUUGUGACAAUCCGGAAGAGCAAGAAGAGGUGCAGGGAAGUAUAAUUAUCACUGAUACCAUUUCAAAGGAACAUGAGCCAGACCUCGAGCCAGACUUUUCUAAUGAAGACCGGGAGUUUCUUGAAUAUACCUCUACAUUUAAUAAUUAUGACUCUUUACAUUUGAGAGACUAUACGGGUCAAAAGAAAGCACAAAAAUCGUGUCUGUCAGUGACACUUAAAGACAAAAAAACACGAAUUAUAAAAAAAUCUACUCUAAUUUGGUUUUUUCAGGAAAAACAGGGUCGUUUAUCAACCGACAGACUGCUCCGGGUAAAGGGAAUGACAGUUAAAAAUACGCAUAAGGGGUUAUCAAAAAAAAAAACAGUUCAGGAAAAAGCCAGGCCAAGGACUUCAACCAGCAGGCAAUAUCAAAAAAAGAAAAAUGUUUCGUCAACCUCAUGAACGA